AUGGCCUUGGUGACCCUGCAGCGCUCGCCCACGCCCAGCGCCGCCCUCCUCGUCCGCCAGCACCAGCGAGGCCCCAGCGGCCGAGGCCCGGCGUCUCUCGGCUCUCCGGGCCUGCCUGGGACCCUCGGGACGCCUCUGAAGGGCUCCGGGGCUGCGGUCGGCCUGUGGGGCCGGGAUCCCUGCGGCUCCUUGGUCGUGUCCGGGGUCCCCCCUCUGGAUCGCUGGAUGCUGCCCGACUCGGCUUGUCCGGAUGUCUUCUGUCUCCUAAUGGGGCUCUCCCGGAGUCUCCGGGAGGUUGGCAGCGAUGAAGACCGAAAAUUAAACCUCAGCCUCAGUGAGAGUUUUUUCAUGGUGAAAGGUGCUGCGCUCUUCCUGCAACAAGGAAACAGCCCCCAAGGACCCCGGAGUCUCCAGCAGCCCCACAAGCACGCAGGUGACUUGCCCCAGCACCUUCAAGUAAUGAUCAACCUUCUUCGCUGUGAAGAUAGAAUCAAACUGGCGGUGCGCCUGGAGAGCGCCUGGACGGACCGCGUCAGGUACAUGGUGGUGGUCUACAGCAGCGGGCGACAGGACACAGAAGAGAACGUCCUGCUGGGAGUGGACUUUUCUAGCAAGGAGAGCACAAGCUGUACCAUUGGGAUGGUGCUCCGUCUGUGGAGUGACACCAAGAUACACCUGGAUGGAGAUGGAGGAUUCAGCGUGAGCACAGCAGGAAGAAUGCAUGUGUUUAAGCCUGUGUCUGUCCAAGCCAUGUGGUCCGCCCUCCAGAUUCUGCACAAGGCCUGUGAGGUGGCCCGAAGAUAUAACUACUUCCCUGGAGGCAUGGCUCUGGUAUGGGCCACGUACUAUGAGAGCUGCAUUGGCUCUGAUCAGAGCUGCAUCAACGAGUGGAACGCCAUGCAGGACCUGGAGUCCACGCGGCCCGAUUCCCCUGCUCUCUUUGUGGACAAGCCGACCGAAGGGGAAAGAACAGAGCGCCUCAUCAAAGCCAAACUCCGAAGCAUCAUGAUGAGUCAGGACUUGGAAAACGUGACCUCCAAAGAAAUACGAAAUGAAUUAGAGAAGCAGAUGAAUUGUAACCUGAAGGAAUUCAAAGAAUUCAUUGACAAUGAGAUGCUUCUCAUCCUGGGCCAGAUGGACAAGCCGUCCCUCAUCUUUGAUCACCUCUAUCUGGGCUCCGAGUGGAACGCGUCCAAUCUGGAGGAGCUACAGGGCUCGGGCGUUGACUACAUCUUAAACGUAACCAGAGAGAUCGAUAACUUUUUCCCCGGCCUCUUCGCCUACCACAACAUCAGGGUGUACGACGAGGAGACCACGGACCUCCUGGCCCACUGGAACGAGGCGUAUCAUUUCAUAAACAAGGCCAAGAAGAACCAUUCCAAAUGCCUGGUACAUUGCAAGAUGGGCGUCAGCCGCUCUGCCUCCACGGUCAUCGCUUACGCCAUGAAGGAAUUUGGCUGGCCCCUCGAGAAGGCCUUCAACUACGUUAAACAGAAGCGAAGCAUCGCCCGGCCCAACGCGGGCUUCAUGCGGCAGCUGUCCGAGUACGAAGGCAUCCUGGACGCCAGCAAACAGCGCCAUAACAAGCUGUGGCGGCAGCAGACGGAGAGCAGCCUCUCGCAGGGGGCCGAGGACCCCCCCGGCCCCGGUGCCUUUCUCCUGGAGAGCUUGGAUGUGGACCUGGAGGCCCGGCUGGCCAGCUUGGACAGCCCCAAGCAGCCCGGGCUCCUGGACAGCCAGGCCCCUGGAGGCUCAGCUUUCCCCUACUGCUUCCGUCAGCUCUCAGACCCCUUCCCCAACUCCCCGGGAAAUGGGAACGACUUCAUCCAGCUGGAGGACUUGGAGAGAGACGCCCUGCUAGGAGGAGAGCUACGGCCCCCCGAGGCAUCGCCGGAACCAGCCAGACAGCCCCGGAAGGGGUCCGGUUUGUGCGACAAGGAGGUCAGGAAGAAACUGGAGUUCGGGGUUCCCAGGGCGCCCAGCGGCCCCUUGGCCCAAGUGGAAGAGAUGGAGCGGGAUGAGAGUCCCGGGGCCGAGAGGCGGGCCCUCAAGGAGAACAUGAAUAACAACAACAGCAAGCGGAGCUGCCCCGAAGAUUUCGAGCACGAUGCCAUCUUUGGGAUCCUCAACAAGGUGAAGCCUUCCUACCAGUCCUGCGCCGACUGUAUGUACUCCACGCCGAGGGCGGCCCCCGAGCCCUUCGGGGAGCAGUGCGAGCCGCUCGGCGCCCCUGCCAUCUGCACGCAGCCCCCCCUCCUGCCGCCCCAUCUCACGCCGUCCCCCGCGGACCAAGGCGCGGGCACGUCCCCGGGCCCCGGGGAGAGCUCGGCGGGCCUGCUCCCGGCCUCUGUGGGCAGCGGCCUCUCGGAGCCCCCCCGGGACCCUCAGAGGGUCCUGGCCAAGCCCCUGGGCCUCCUGAAGAGCGCUCCCUGCGAGGCCGACAAAGAGGACGCCGCCUCCAGAAAGGAGGCCAAGGCCACCAAGGACCUGCGGCGGCUGCUGUUCGGCCAAGAGCUGGCCAAGCCCGCCACCAGCAGCUACCUGAUGCAGCACCAGGAGUCCAUCAUCCAGCUGCAGAAGGCGGGCUUGGUCCGCAAGCACACCAAAGAGCUGGAGCGGCUGAAGGGGGUCCCCGGCGAGGCCGCGUCCUCCCUCCGGGACGGCCGCAUCCCCGAGGAGGGCCAGGAGCCGCUGGCCCCCCCGGCGUCCCCCCCGCCCCCCGGCGAGGCCGCCCUGCCUCUGGAGGGGGCCUCCCACAGGAGCCGGGCCGAGCACAGCAGCAGCUUCUCCAGGGACUUCCUCAAGACCAUCUGCUACACCCCCACCUCCUCCUCCAUGAGCUCCAACCUGACGCGCAGCUCCAGCAGCGACAGCAUCCACAGCGUGCGCGGCAAGCCGGGCCUGGUCAAGCAGCGCACCCAGGAGAUCGAGACCCGCCUGCGGCUGGCCGGCCUCACCGUCUCCUCCCCGCUCAAGCGCUCGCACUCCCUGGCCAAGCUGGGCAGCCUCAACUUCUCCUCCGAGGACCUGUCCAGCGAGGCCGACGUCUCCACCCUGGCCGGCUCCCAGGACGCCGGGCGGGGCGAGGCCCGCUCCGAGCCGGGCAGGAGCUGACCCCGACGCGGCCUCGCCUCCCUCCCCGCGCCCGGCCUGUCCCUCGCGGCCAGCCCCCCAUCUCAGCCGAAGCGAUUUUCAGAUGCCCCCCUCGGGCCGUAGCGGAAGGGCCGGCCCGGGGAGCCCAGCACGAGCGGUCCGCAGGGUCCAGGCGUCUCCCCAGGCCACACAGCCAAAGCGGCCGGGCUGCCCUGGCGGGGCCGCGGGAUGGGAGAGGCGCCGACGCGCCAUUUCUACCUCUGUGACUGCAGGCUUUCUGUUGUUCGGGCUUCUGGGUCCAUUUGGGGUUUUGUUCCUGUUUGAAAAAACCAAACCAAACCAAACGCGAUUCUGGCCCUCCCGAGGCCGUCCGAGAAGGCACCCCAGCCACGCGACACACGGGCCGGGCGCGGGCGCUGGUUGCCCCUGGAUGGUGGCCUGGGUUCUUCUGGUGGGCAGCUGGGCAGGGCACAGUGUCGGGCUCUGUCGUGGAGGGCGCGGAGGGGAAGGAUCCUGGCAUCUCCUGGGCUUGCCACGUUUUAAAAACUCCCGUCUAUGGGCAGGCCAGCCUGGGCUUUCUCAGUCCCCCUGCUGGGGUUCCUCAGGAAAGGGGCCGGCCCUCCCCGCUGCACCCCAUAUCACCCUCCAUCCUUCCUGAUGGGUCUGCCAGGGCAGCAAAGGGGGGAAGGGACCAGACAUCUGCUUAGUGCCUACCCUGGGCCGGGCACUGGGCUAAGUACGUUACAGAUACUCUCUCCUCCAUCUUGGUAGCCCCAGGUCCUUCGGGGCACCCAGAAUCCCCUUCUGCCUGCCUGGGGCCAUCUCUUCUUUACCAACAGCCGAUAGCUCAGGGUCCAUCGUUUCCCUCUAUUUCCCAUAUCAGGAAGAGGGGGAGGUGAAUGUCGUUGUGGGCCCUGGUUUUGAUUUUUCCUUUUCCAAGAUGGGUCAUUUUACAUUUUUCUGUGGUGCCCCCCCCAGGCAUCUGGGAACAGAUCCCCGAGACACAGGAGCAGUGAGUGAAGACCUCCAGACGUUUACAUGCAUUUCCUGUCACAAAAGGACUCCUUGUUAAACGAAAGAUAGAAUGAGGGGUUCCUCUGGCCCCCGGGUCCAUUGGGCUCGGGGUUCCCCUCCAGAUCCGAUAUUCUGUGCUCGUCCCGUUCUAAAUCUGGGCUUCCCUUAUUCCAAGGUCCCUUCUAGUUCAGGUCGUGGAACCUGGGGGCUGGGGCUGGAAGGAAGCCGAGUGCCCAUGAGGCCAGCCCUCCAGUUUACAGGCAAGGAUGUUACAUCUCCAAUCAAAUGACUCGGCCAAGGGCAAACUGGUGGCUUGUGGGCAGACUGGAGACCAGAAACAAGUCCUCAGCCUGCAAUCCACUGGCCAGUGACCAGAAUCCUGGAGUCUGAUUGGAGAGCCCUGACACCGCCUGUUCUGAGCCCCCUCCCAGCUCUUACACCCCCUGUUCUGAGCCCCCUCCCAGCUCUUACACCCCCUGUUCUGAGCCCCCUCCCAGCUCUUACACCCCCUGUUCUGAGCCCCCUCCCAGCUCUGACACCCCCUGUUCUGAGCCCCCUCCCAGCUCUGACACCCCCUGUUCUGAGCCCCCUCCCAGCUCUGACACCCCCUGUUCUGAGCCCCCUCCCAGCUCUUACACCCCCUGUUCUGAGCCCCCUCCCAGCUCUUACACCCCCUGUUCUGAGCCCCCCUCCCAGCUCUUACACCCCCUGUUCUGAGCCCCCUCCCAGCUCUGACACCCCCUGUUCUGAGCCCCCUCCCAGCUCUGACACCCCCUGUUCUGAGCCCCCUCCCAGCUCUGACACCCCCUGUUCUGAGCCCCCUCCCAGCUCUUACACCCCUGUUCUAAGCCUCCUCCCAACUCUUACACCCCCUGUUCUGAGCCCCCUCCCAGCUCUUACACCCCCUGUUCUGAGCCCCCCUCCCAGCUCUUACACCCCCUGUUCUGAGCCCCCUCCCAGCUCUGACACCCCCUGUUCUGAGCCCCCUCCCAGCUCUGACACCCCCUGUUCUGAGCCCCCUCCCAGCUCUUACACCCCCUGUUCUGAGCCCCCUCCCAGCUCUUACACCCCCAUUCUAAGCCCCCUCCCAGCACUUACACCCCCUGUUCUGAGCCCCCUCCCAGCUCUUACACCCCCUGUUCUGAGCCCCCCUCCCAGCUCUUACACCCCCUGUUCUGAGCCCCCUCCCAGCUCUGACACCCCCUGUUCUGAGCCCCCUCCCAGCUCUGACACCCCCUGUUCUGAGCCCCCUCCCAGCUCUGACACCCCCUGUUCUGAGCCCCCUCCCAGCUCUUACACCCCCAUUCUAAGCCCCCUCCCAGCACUUACACCCCCUGUUCUGAGCCCCCUCCCAGCUCUUACACCCCCUGUUCUGAGCCCCCUCCCAGCUCUUACACCCCCUGUUCUGAGCCCCCUCCCAACUCUGCUACCCCUUGUUCUAAGCUUUCUGAAACCCCCUGUUCUACUGUUCUAAGGCCCCUCUCAGCUCUGACAUUCUAACCAGCUUUUCCCAUUCUAUGGUUCUACGUUCUCCCUUAGCACCCCGCAACCCUGGCUCUAGAACCGUUCUGCUUCUUUUUGCUUUCUAACUCAUCCUGCUAAAAAAGGAGGAAGAACCAUUUUGCAGAGACAGAUCUGGCUCAGGAUGGGGGUUCAGAGGGGACGGGGAGCACAGAUUAGAAAUGAGGGGCUUCAGAACCAAGAUGCAAAGGAUCAUGGGCAGAGCAAGGGAGCUCUUCAGCCAUCAAGUCUUAUCAGGAAAGCAGGCUCUGAGUAGGGCCACCAGUAAUCCUCAGAGGAGCGAGCUAUUAAGAGACCGUGGCUGGAGAGCUUCCCCCGAGGGCCACAGCCCUCAAGUUGCCCAGCCCGGCUCUGCCCACCCCCCUCUUAAGAGAGCAUCCCUUUGUAGAAAUACCUUUUGCUUAUCUUUCCCACCCCUGGCCGGUCCUCAGACUUUUCACCCAUCAUCCCGGCUUUGAUUUGGAUAGGCCACAGGGUAGGUGAAGGGAGAGCCUGGACCGGAGUCUUUCCACAAUCACAUUUUUGCCCUGAGCCAGGAAUUUGGAAACCUUCCUGAGAUGAAGGAGAUCAGAGAGCCUGGGAGACCUCAUCCCCGAGACACCUGCCCAUCCGGGGCUUCUGAUCCCAGCCCUGCCGUGCGGAGGGUGCAAAAGAAACCAGUUCGGUUUCAGAAGAUUUUUAAAAACACGUUGCCAGACCUCAGGUUAAUAACCCCAGACAAGGGGCGGUCAGGCGGCUCAGUGGAUAGAGCACCCCGCAUGGAGAUGGGAAGUCCUGGAUUCAGAUGUGGCCUCAGACAGUUCUUAGCCAGACGCCCCGGACAAGUCAUUAGAACCAAUACUCGGUAUCAAUUCUAAGACAGAAGGGGAGGAUUUUUUUAAAAUUACUCCUGAACUAGGUAAAUGUAGGGUUCUAAAAACACUGGAUUUUGGAGUUGAGUCUCCAUUUUGCUUUUUAUUCCCCGUACGGCUUUUCUUUUUUAAUCCAUAUCUUCUAUCUUAGAAUGUUUACUGCGUAUUGGUUCUAAGGCAGUAGAGCUACAAGGGCUAGGUAAUUGGGAUUCAGUGACUUAUCCAGGGUCACACAGUGAGGACAUUUCUCAGGUUUGACUUGAACCCAGGACCUCCCAUCUCUAGGCCUGACUAUCCACUAAGCCCACCUAGCUGCCCUCCCUAUAUGACUUCCUUUUUUAUGUAAAAUGAAGGUGUCCCACUAACACUCCCCAACAUCUCUUCGAGCCCUUAAUCUCCAACCCCUGUGAUUCUUUCUAACUUUCUUUUUCUGUUCUAUUUUAGAUCAGCACAAACUACAAGAAAGUAUCUAGUCUGGCCAGAAAUCAUUGUGGGGUAGGGCUAGCCAUAGCAGGGAGACUUGAAUUCAAGACAAGACCUUCCCUCCGCCCCAUCUUAUUUUGAAACCUUCCCUUUCUGUCUUAGUAACAACUCUAAGACAGAAGGGCAAAAGCUAGGCAAAUGGGAUUAAGUGACUUCCCCAGGGUCACCCAGCUAGGAAGUGAGACCACAUUUGAACCCAGGACCUCCUGUCUCUUGCCCGUACCACCCAGCUCCUCCACACCACCCUGUUACUUUGAAAACAUAUUUUCCACCUACCCCAGACUUCCACUUUCCCCCCUGAAAUCACCCACUCUCCCUUAUUUCUGGUCCCUGCUAGCAUCUUCAUCAAUUCAGGGAACUCCAAGCACAGAAAUGCUUUUCCACUGGCAACUAUGCAAGUUCAGGUCUUGGAGAGAAUUACCUUGAGCAUUGAGAAGGGGAAUGGCUGGCCCAUCAGGACACCUCAAGCUCCUGUCUUCGUGCCUCCAAAUCUGGCCCUCCACUGGCUAUUCCAUCCCCCCGUGAAAUCUCUGUGGGUGUUUUUUUUUCUCCAUCAGCCAAAAAAAAUAAGCCUCUUCUCAGAGAAUUAUCCAGCUUUUGCCAAAUUACUUCUCAUGCUAGAAUGAUUUUCAUGUUAAAAUAUCUUUUUUUUUUUAACCCUUACCUUCUGUCUUAGGAUCAAUAUUGGGUAUUGUUUCCAAGGUAGAAGAACGGUCAAGGCUAGGCAAUGGGGGUCAAGUGACUUGCCCAGGGUCACGCAGCUAGCAGAUGUCAGAGGUCACAUUUGAACUCAGGACCUCUUAUCUCUAGGCUUGGCUCUCCAGCCACCGAGCUGUCCCCUAAAAUUCUUUAGAAAAAGGAGUGAUGGAAAACUUGCUUUAGACUAGCAUCCAUCCAUGUGAGUUUCCCAAAAGGUUUCAUUGCAGGAGCUACACCACUCUCUUCAUGCUCUUAAAGAGAGAGACGUUACCUCCCGGUCUCCCCGCUCUGGGCAGACAUCUCAGCCCAAUGGGAGACAGACAACACCUCAAGGAAACUGGCGAGCCUGGUUCCAUGCUAGAGGAGAAGCCAGCGUCCUAACACUGUAUACACUCAGGUCUGCCUGGUCAGAGCAAAGAAGGAGAGGGGGAGCCUGGUUAGCAUUAGCCAUUGACCUGGGCAAAUAGCAUUAUCUCCAAGGCCUCCUCUGGACCAAAAAAACAAAACAAAACAAAAAAUAAUGGGUGACUUCAACCUCAUCUCCUGAGUGGCCUCCAGCUUCUCAGUUGCCCCCAGACCUCUGCUAUAACCAUGUGAUAGCCAUUGGACAACUUUGAGAGCAAGGGAUUUGGAGUCAUAGGACCUGAGUUCAAAUCCUGUCUGUGCUCUUGUACCUGUGUGACCUUGAAUCCUAAGUCACUUUCUCCUCUGGCAAAUAAGGGGGUGGGACUAGAAGAUCUUUUGUGUUCCCAUCCAGCUCUGAAUCUUUGAUCCUGAGUGUGCUACAAAUAUAUUUGGGGUUCCCUUCCUUCUCUGGCUCAUUGUAAAGCUUUGAAGGGUCCUGGAGAUCAGGAGUUGGAGACUAGCAUUGUCUUCCUUUGGCAAAUGGAGGCUUUUAUUUCUCUAUUCUGAUUCUUCCUACAAGGCCACUGGCUUGCCUCAGUUUCCCCAGUUGCAUUCCUUUUUGAGGAUGGGUCAGUUUCCUCCUCCCUACCCUUCUGCAGCUACCUCUGGUUCUCAAUAAAGAAUAAUGGGACGGCUUGCAGCCUAGAAUAUGGUAUCCGUGACAGGGAAACAGCUUCAGAGAUGUCUCCCGGCCACAAAGAUGCACCAGUCAAUAGCAAAAUCCUGUUCAGAAAUGGAGGCUGUGAUGGCUUUCUUUGCCUUCAGUUUCCAUCUACAGUCUCAGUCCAGGCAGCUUUCCUGCAGACAAGGCAAUAGGACAGAAUCCCCGCCACCCCACCACCCCCGCAAAACUCAAAGUCAAAAAAUCGCCUCCCACUGAUGAGCGCUGAGCGGCUCGGCCACUCUUCAUGCCACCCACAGCACAAAUUGUGGUGGCUGUUCCCAAGUGGGACAUUGUGCGUUAGUCUUAUAUACUCCCCCACACACACACACCCCGAGAACCAUCCCCCAGACCCCCUUCGUAAAAAAUACAACAGUGCCUCCGACUGACUCCCUUUGGCCAGCCACAUGGCAGGUCCCACUCUUGACGCCUGACCCCGGGCUGGAGAUACCGAACUCUCACUAGAGAAACCGACACAAAUCAAAGCCAUUGGUGGGCUCUUGCCAGCCAAGACAGGGUUGCAGGGUCUCCUCAUCGCACCAGGGAUGAUGCUUUGGCCAUCUACCGCAUGCCAAAUGAUGCCAUCCCUGAUGGCCAACCGCUUGUAUCCUCAUCCGUCCUUCUGGUGAAUCCAUACGUAUGUGUGUGUGUGCACGAAUGGCUGUGGGCUUAUCCCACAGAUGUAUAUAUCUCUUUGUGUGUACCUAUAUAGAUGAAUAUAGAGACAACUCGAACCCGGCCAUUUCUCACCACCUCCUUCAUCCAUAUGCAAUCUCUUCCACAUUCCAUCAGCCCAAAAGAUCUCCGGUGAUACCGUGUUGUGACUGUCCUUUAGGAAUAUGAUGGGUUUCCAUAGCGUCGUUUGUUUUGUUUUGUUUUUUGUAAAGAACAGUCUUCAGGUCCAACCACCGGCAUGCCCGUCUUCCUAACAGAGUGGCCCUAACUAGAUGAGUUCUCCCUUCCCCCACCCCACCCCGCUUAGUGAUUUCUUGGCCUUGCUGCAUGAGAAUAGCUGUCUCCUCUUCCCCUUUCCUUAUACUGUAAUUAUAGUUUUUACAAUUGAGUGCCUUAAUGAUAGUUUACAAAUACCGUGUAUUUCUGCUAAGCUGUUCCACUCCGCUGAUCCUAUAGGCGAUGGCUUUUUCGAUCUCUGGGGGCAACUGACUGUUUUUACAUUGGGUGUGUCAUGGCUCCAUCAUUGCCUUUCUCCUCUCUCCCUCUCUCUCAUUGAAUUAUAUAUGUACAUACUUGGGUGUACAUGUUUGUAUGGGCUGGAAAUUCCAAAGCUCUGUUCCUGGAUCUUGAAAGAUUCCAAAUGACAUUGCCAGAGAACACUGGUAGUGAGUUCGGUUCCCAGGCACAGUAUCCUCAGAGAAGGUAGUGAGAGGCUCAUCAUUUCAUUCCUAGAUUCCUCAGAUAGACAGUUAACGUGCUUUGUAUCCUUGAAGGCCAUUUUGUCCAACCUCCUCUCCUUUGGAGCCCUGAAGGACAUUUUGUCCAACCUCCUGUCCUUUGGAUCCUUGAAGGGCAUCUUGUCCAACCUCCUAUCCUUUGGGUCCUUAAAGGACAUUUUGUCCAAUCUCCUGUCCUUUGGAUCCUUGAUGGACAUCUUGUCCAACCUCCUGUCUUUUGGGUCCUUGAAGGACAUCUUGUCCAACUUCCUGUCCUUUGGGUCCUUGAAGGACAUCUUGUCCAACCUCCUAUCCUUUGGGUCCUUAAAGAACAUUUUGUCCAAUCUCUUGUCCUUUGGAUCCUUGAUGGACAUCUUGUCCAACCUCCUGUCUUUUGGGUCCUUGAAGGCCAUCUUGUCCAAUCUCUUGUCCUUUGGGUCCUUGAAGGCCAUCUUGUCCAAUCUCUUGUCCUUUGGGUCCUUGAAGGACAUCUUGUCCAACCUCCUAUCCUUUGGGUCCUUAAAGAACAUUUUGUCCAAUCUCUUGUCCUUUGGAUCCUUGAUGGACAUCUUGUCCAACCUCCUGUCUUUUGGGUCCUUGAAGGCCAUCUUGUCCAAUCUCUUGUCCUUUGGGUCCUUGAAGGCCAUCUUGUCCAAUCUCUUGUCCUUUGGGUCCUUGAAGGACAUCUUGUCCAACCUCCUGUCCUUUGGAUCCUUGAAGGACAUCUUGUCCAACCUCCCAGUUUGGGCAGAAGUGCAAUUGAGAAUCCAUGUUCAAUUUAGGUUUGGACCAGAUGGCCUCUAAGGUCCUCAUUUCAGAAUCUAUAUUUCUAUCAAAUAGGUUUUCUGAGGUUACACCACCAAUACAUGCCCAGUUAUGGCUAGAACUUUAGCCUCUGGGGUCCCGUCUAGAGUUCCUUCUACAAUGCCUGGAGGUUGUUGGACAAAUGGAGGCUGAACCAUUGGCUGGCACUUUGCCCAGCCCUCCAUCCCCCAACACACAUAUAUCAUUUUAUUCUUCCUUUGUUAUUAUCUGAGCCAGCCCUUACUUCCUCUCUCGUUGCUCCUUGUGAAUAUGUCAGGACAAGUCGAUCUAUCCCCCACCGAGCACUUCCCAGGCUAGUUAUCAUCUUUGACUCUUCCAAAGGAGUAAGUAACCAAUAGCUAUCACCAAGCAUCACUCUUAUUAUGGUAUCAAUAUUCAUCGGUUUCCUUCUGGUCUUUUUUUUACAGAUAUAUUUAAGAGGCAGUAUCUUUUGUACUGUGAAUUUAUGGUAGAAGAUGAAUAAUGCACUUUUGUUUGUCCGUGGGUAUUGUGUAGAAUGUGUGUGUGCUUCUCAGAAAGAAAAUAAACUUUUUUUCCUGUGCAAA